GCUUGGUCUGCGCUCCACUCCAUUACGAUUUAAUCAGCCUACAUUUUUUUAAAUAUAUAUAUUAUCAACUGUUACUAAUGAUCCUCAGCAACAAGUACAUGGCCAUGCCGUCGUUUACAGAGGAAGCAAAUGAAGUGCCUCACAUCAACACAGGAUUAGGAUCAGCGUCUCUCUGUCUCCCAAUUCUCAAUUUAAGGAUGUAUGAAAACGCACCCGCCUUGGUGGCACCACAGAGGGUCUUGGGUGAUCGUAGGACAACUCAGGAGGAGAUGCUGGGCCAGACCAGGCAGGUGAUCCAGGGGAUGGAGGCCCUGAGACUAGAGCACCACUCUCUCCUGGAGGGCCUACUGGGGAGCCUGCACUGCCUGGAGGUGGAGGGGAGCCAGAACCACGAGGAGACCAGCCCUGCCCAGGAGAAGGCCAGGGCCAUCCGCCGCUCGCUGGACACCCUAGAGCUUGGGCUGGGCGAAGCGCAGGUCUUGCUGGCACUGUCGGCCCACCUUAGCAUGGUGGAGGCGGAGAAGCAGAAGCUGCGUGCUCAGGUGAGGCAGCUGUGCCAGGAGAACCAGUGGCUGCGGGACGAGCUGGCCAGGGCACAGUGGAGGCUGCAGGAGAGCGAGCAGAGUGUGGCGCAGCUGGAGGAGGAGAGGAAGCACCUGGAGUUCAUGAGCUGCCUCCGGCGAUAUGAUGACGACGGCGAUGACCUUUCGUCCCCCGAAGAGAUGGAUUCCAGCAAGGAGACACUUGAUGACCUCUUCCGCAAUGACGAAGAGGAGAACCAGGGCCAUGGCAUUCAGCAGCACAGUAGCAAUGUGGCGAUGGCUGCCGCCAACCAGGGUGGCUACGAGAUUCCAGACCGUCUGCGUACGCUCCACAACCUAGUGAUCCAGUACGCCUCGCAGGGUCGCUACGAGGUGGCCGUGCCUCUCUGCAAACAGGCCCUGGAGGACCUGGAGAAGACCUCCGGACAUGAGCACCCAGAUGUAGCCACCAUGCUUAACAUUCUGGCCCUAGUCUACAGGGACCAGAAUAAGUGCAAAGAGGCAGCAAACCUUCUCAACGACUCGCUAGCGGUACGGGAGAGGACCCUUGGCAGGGACCACCCGGCGGUGGCUGCUACACUCAACAACCUGGCUGUGCUUUAUGGGAAGAGUGGGAGGUACAAAGACGCCGAGCCACUGUGUAAACGAGCGCUGGAGAUUAGGGAGAAGAUACUGGGUAAGGAGCAUCCUGACGUGGCCAAGCAGCUGAACAACCUGGCCUUGCUGUGCCAGAACCAGGGGAAAUAUGGAGAGGUGGAGCAGCACUACCAACGGGCCCUGGACAUCUACCAGACUAGGCUUAGCCCCGACGACCCCAACAUGGCUAAAACCAAGAACAAGCUGGCCUCCUGUUACCUAAAGCAGGGGAAGUUUAAACAAGCAGAAGUGCUGUUCAAAGAUAUCCUAACCCAUGCCCACGAGAAGGCCAGUGGCUAUACAAAUGGGGAGGUCAAGUCCAUCUGGAUGCAGGCAGAGGAGAGGGAGGAACAGUGUGCUCCUCAGGGCAGACAGAGAGAAGGCCUGUCUAUAGGAGAUCAAGGUAGCUGGGACAGAACUCGCAAAGUGGACAGUGCCACCAUUACCAACACCCUGAGGAACUUGGGAGCCCUCUACAGGCGACAGGGCAAACUGAAGGCAGCAGAGACAGUGGAGGCGGCGGCCAUUCACACCCCUAAACAAAGCCAGAAGCGGUGUGUUCUAGCUGCCGAGGCCUCCAGCAACAGCACGGCCAUGGAUCACCAAUGCAGCAGUAGUGAGAGCCUGACCUCUGAGGUGAUCACAGUGAAGUACAACAGUGGCCUACAUGGGGGAGAGGAGGUCAGCCGCAGUCUGGAAUGGAAUGGGGAUGACCGUGGCUCCCUGAAGAGAAGCAGCUCCUUCAGUAAGCUGCGAGCCUCCAUCCGACGGAGCAGCGAGAAGCUCGUCCGCCGGCUGAAGGGGGACAAAAACCCUGGCUAACCAGUCCCAUGUCUGACUAGGCUUCACAGUUCACACCCUUGCCACAACAGAGGGCGGGGCAGUGGGCAUGUAUGGGGCACCAAGGCCCAGGCCUCAAUUUAACAAUGCCUAACCCCUAACCCCCAGGCACUUGUAGAUCUGAAAGCAUUGGAUAGGUAUAAACAAUAUACAAGCUAGUGGGGAAAAAAGCAGGGCCAUAUUACUAAAUGCAAUACUUUCUGAAAUACAGUCAUUAUGCGCCUAGGCUGUGGUUGUUUCAAACAGAACCCCAUUGUCUUACAUCAGAUAGCAUAAUUUGUGUUUGCACUGAUCGGUAGAGGGACUAACAGUCGAAGAAGUAGGAGUGGCGCCACCUGUUGAAAGACAAUGACUGAAUCCUAGCCCUUAGCUCCCAUUUGUUGGUACUCUUUUGAUUCCCUUUCAACAUGACUGGACUGAACAACGCUGUAGAUGGAACGCUUGGCCAUUACCGUCCCAACCCUAAAGCCUUGUGAGAUUCUGAUACAGUACCAUCACCUUAUUCUAUGCCAGCCAUAUUUGCACCACCUGGGUAUUGGUAAUGUAAUGGUAGCUCAAGCUUGUUUGCUUUUCUAGUCCUUCCCUAUCAUAAAGUACCCAUUGGCAGAAGCUAUAGUAGGGAUGGCUUCAAACUAUUGAGAUGCGCCCUUUGAUUGUGUAGCAAAUGGGAGAACUGUAAAACUCACUCCUUAACCUGAAGUGUCACUCCUUGCGCCAUUGGAAAAGUCCUUUUCAAUAGUGCCACGGGUUAGAACACUUCAGGAGGGAGGUCACGUGUGUUUGCGGGGCAGAGGUCCUGAGUUGGAAGUCUCGAUAUGAGUCGAUCAAGGGGAAGCGGUACUCGCUAAGCAAGCAGCGUGACGUCCUUUAUAUAUGUCGUAGACAUGACUUGGCUCAAGCUACUGACAUUCUCAACCCCUUCAUUUACGUUUCAUUUAAUGUCUUGUUUAUAUGUGAACAUUUCUCUGUAAAAACUGUAGAAAAGUAGAGAAUUUCACAUCGUAGUUGCAUUUAAAUAUAAACACAGAGUAUACCAAACAUUAGGAACAACUUCCUAAUAUUGAGUUGCACCCCCCUUUUGCCCUCAGAACAGCCUCAGUUUGUCUGGGCAUGGACUAUACAAGGUGUCGAAAGCGUUCCACAGGGAUGCUGGCCCAUGUUGACUCCCAUGCUUCACACAGUUGUGUCAAGUUGGCUGGAUGUCCUUUGGGUGGUGGACCAUUCUUGAUACAUACGGGAAACUGUUGAGCGUGAAAAAACCCAGCAGUGUUGCAGUUCUUGACACAAACCGGUGCACUUGGCACCUACUACCAUACCCCGUUUAAACAAACUUAAAUCUUUUGUCUUGCCAAUUCACCCUCUGAAUGGCACACAUACACAAUCCAUGUCCCUAUUGUCUCAAGGCUUAAAAUAUUUCUUUAACUGGUUUCCUCCCCUUCAUCUACACUGAUUGAAGUGGAUUUAACAAGUGACAUCAAUAAGGGAUCAUAGUUUUCACAUGGAUUUACCUGGUCAGUCUGUCAUGGAGAGAUCAAAUCAAUCACGUUCACAGAUAUCUCAUUCAAGGUAAACGCUGCAGAUGUGAGCUCAAUUGGAAUCAACCGUUAAGCGUCAAGCAGGCGGUAAUGCUUAAGAUUGAAACCUGGCCUUAAAGGAAAAAUCCACUGAAAAACUAUAUUUUGGUAUUUUUUUAAUUAGUCCACUGUUAAUACAGUCCCAAAAUGUUUUGCAUGUCAGCAGUCAAGUUUUUUGGACUAACUCAGGGCACACAGGUCAAAGAGGUGUGCCCAAUCACAAGAAUGUUUGAGGGUUUUAUUUUAAGAAACCUAAUGCAAAUGGUAAAUCUAAGUGCUGGCAUAGUGCUAUAGGUCCAGGGGUGUGUCAGAAAUAUUUGAGCUAUUUUCACAGCAGUUAUGAACACAAUAGUUGGCAGAAGGCCGAAAGGGCUGGGUUUUGAUAAAUAAACAGGUUUUAGGUGUAAUGUGGGCUUAGCGGCUCACUGGCCAAUCAAGGCAUUCCAUGGCUUAAUACCUCAUGCAUUUUUCGCAAAUUCUGUAUAUUAUUGCGUUGUCAUCAACUCCAAUUCGGCUAGGGGCACAGAAUAUUCUCAUCCUAGUCCAUUGUGGAUUGAUACUACAGUUUAUUAAAUAGCAUAGGCAACAGUAACUAGUGAUAGCAACAGUAUUAAAAAAAAUCCACUGUUUGCUCAAUAUCUUUGGAGUGUUGACAGUCAAGAUUGUUGUAAUUAGCUUCAAUGAGUAUAGGCCUUUAUGCAUCGCACUUAUCCGCAAAUAAAAAAUAAUAGUCUCCCGUAAAUUGUAUUGUAUGUGUGAGGCAUGUUCUCAAUAAACAAGAUAUAGCCUUGG